AUGACCUUCCCUGACGUUGUUGCCCUCAAUGCACCUAACUCCCCGCAAGAUGUCCAGAACAGCGAACAUCAUGCCCAGAACUCCGAUGGAGUUUCCGUGACCAAUGAAGAUGAUCGCGACCUCCUAAAGCUUGGCUAUCGCUCUGUCUUGGCUCGAGGCUGGGGCUCGUUCGACAAUUUCGCCUGCUCCUUCUCAGCCUUGAAUUGUGUUGGAGGAAUUCGUGUGCUUUUCUAUAUCGCCCUCAGUGGAGGCGGGCCGGCUGCCAUGUAUGUUCUACUUUCCGCGUGGUUCCCCGCGCUUUUUCGCAUUGAUCACAUCACUAACAACUUCCUCAGGUGGAGCUCCUGGGUCUCCGGUAGUAUUUUGUCUAUCGUCACGGCCGCCUGUCUCGCUGAAGCUUGUUCAAGCUAUCCAGCCGCGGGGUCGAUUUACUACUGGGCCUUUCGAUCCUGGGGAGGCGGUCAAGUCGGCCGCUUCAUCUCCUUCCUCGUUGCCGCAUGGACAUUGGUUGCGUGGACUGCCUUCCUCGCGAGUGAUUCGUUCGGUGUCGCCAAUUACCUGAUUUCCGAGGUUGUCGUGUUCAACCCGAAGACGAGCUUCCCAUACGACACGGCCGACGUCCGAGCGCGUGCCGUGGCAUGGGCUAUCUCGCUUAUUUUCCUGGCCAUGGCUACCUCGCUAAAUUUCUUGCCCCCGCGCAUGUACUCGUGGGUGUUCAGAACGGGUGUGACGAUCAUUAUCAUCGAUAUGCUGCUCAACUUCAUCUGGCUUCCCAUCGGCGUCUCUAAGACGUACGGCUUCCAGUCAGCCGAAUACGUGUUUACGUCUACAUACAAUGGCGGGGAUACCAGCCCCGGAUUGAACUGGGUUCUGUCCUGGUACUUGGUCGCCAGUUGUCUCGUGGGACAGGAUGCUUCGGGUCAUGUCGCCGAAGAGACCGUGUCCGCUAAGAAAGCCGCCGCAAAGGGUAUCUUCUGGGCAACCGUUGCGUCUGCGCUGUGCGGCUUCCCGAUCAUCAUCUUGUUCCUCUUCUGCAUGCCUCCGAUUGACACAUUCUAUGACACUACCGCACCUCAGCCGUUCAUCAACAUGUACGCGAUGGCGCUCGGUCCCCAUGCGCACGUUGUGAUGACUAUUGUCGCGAUGAUCGGAGCAAUUCUCAAUACUUCGAUCUCUUUGGUUGCUGUAUCGCGACUUGUAUUCGCCGUGGCACGCGAUGGCGUCUUCCCAUUCAGCGACGUGCUAUCGCGUGUGUCGAAGUCGAAGCAGCCUCACAACUCUGUGAUCUUCAUUUCCGUUAUUGCCGCGCUUCUCCUAUGCACUCAGCUCCCGUCGCAAGUGGCCUUCUCCAGCUUGGUCUCCACUUCGGCUGCGGGUUCCCUAGCAGCAUACGGGUUGGUUGGAAUGGGCCGAGCGUUUAUCACGCGUAAAUCGUUCCGUCCAGGCUUUUGGGAUUUGGGUUGGUUUAGCGUUAUCGCUGCUGUUGUUACAUUCAUGUGGAACGGAUUUGCUUUCGCUGUUCUCUGCGCCCCGGCUUACUCGGACAAAGCAAUUGACCAGGAUUCGACCUUGUUCAACUACGCGAUUGUGAUUAUGGGCGGUGUCACUAUCAUCGCGAUCGCCGAGUGGUGGCGCAAGUCCAAUGAUAAUUGGUUCGGGCAUAUCAAAGUUGUUGACACAGAUACCGAGACAGAGCACUCCAUUGGACGUGAGGAGAAGACGAAUAUCUCGGCCGAUACGACUGGCGCUUGA